UGCAGAUGGUUGGCGACUUCUAUGCACUGUGCGCUCAGCAUGCGCUGACUCCGCUCUGUAAUUUUACUUGACCUACCACUUCAUGGCUGAGUUGCUGUUGUUUCCACUUUGUUAUAACACCACCAACAGUUGACCGUGGAAUAUUUAGUAGCAAAGAAAUUUUCACGGAUGGACUUAUUGCACAGGUGGCAACCUAUCAUGGUAGGCUUGAUAUCACUGAGCUCCUGAAAGCAACCUAUUCUUUCACAAAUGUUUGCAGAAGCAGUCUGCAUGCCUAUGUGCUUGAUUUUUACACCUGUGGCCAUGGAGGUGAUUGUAACACCUGAAUCCAAUGAUUUGGAGAGGCGUCCCAAUACUUUUGGCAAUAUAGUGUAUAUCACAAUAGCUAAAUCUGUUUCUGUAGCGCACGUU